CUUUAGUCCACAUUUUCAGAAUGUCUGGCGAAAUACCAACUUUGAAUUAUGGUGGCAGCGCUGGCUCAUACCGACAAGACAACAAUCGUCCAAUGAGUGAAAAUUAUCCUUCAUACCAAUUUAAUCGAAACCCACAAAUAGGCUCUGCCGGAGAGAGGUAUCCGAAUCCAAAUCAAGGUUCGGGUAUUGGUUCCGCCGGUAAUGCUGGUUACGGUAGAGGACCAUAUGAGCACGAAAUUGGCACUGGAGUGCGACCUGAGUACUCUUCGGGACAAGGAGGACUCGGAUCAAAUACGCGUAUGCCCGACAACCCAGCUUAUUCGAACAGACCAGGAGGAAUCGGGUGGAUAUGGCUCGAACACACGACCCGGUUACAAUCCCUCGUCGAAUUACCCGAGCAGCGGAUAUGA